UUCAGAGCAGUGCCACUAAAAGCUCUGGAAACCUAGAUUCAAUGACGUAGUCACCUGGUGCCAAAUUUUAUUAAGACUGAGUGCUGUGUUUUUUCGCGAAAAUGACUUUUUCAAUAUUUACGCUAUGUAUCGAGUUCCUGUGAAGAGGGGUUGAGUAAAAAGACAAAAUGUGGCGAAUAGCGCCACUAGUGAUACGGCUCCUGGCUGUGUCACUGGUGGCGCUGGUGCUCGCCGACCCCGGCCCAGGCGGGACCAGCAUGGUGUCCCGGAAACCAGAAAGACCCGAGCGUCCGGUCCGGGCCACGGCGCCCCCUCGCCGCCAGGGACGAAAGAAGAAACGCACUACCACCACAACCACUGUUGAACCGGAUGAAGAAGAUGAGCAUACCACAAUUCCAACUACCACUAUAGAUCCACGGCUCUUUGAUCACACCGAGACCGGGAACUGUGAGGUGCCACUUGGAAUGGAGAACGGCAAGAUCUCUAACGAGUCGUUAUCGGCCAGCUCCAGUUACGACCAGAGUGUAUCUCCACUCAGCUCAAGAAUCCGGACGGAAAUACGCGGCGGUGCGUGGUGUCCCAACGGCCUAAUACUACCGCAGAGUCGUCAAUUUCUUGAAAUAGACCUCCAUGAUGAAUACUUGAUCACAGCUACUGAAUCACAGGGAAGAUUCGCCAACUCCAUUGGCGUUGAAUUUGUUGAAAGUUAUUCAGUAGAAUAUUGGAGGGAGGCACUCAGCCGCUGGGUCAAGUAUAAGGACUUUAAUGGCAGUGGACUCUUACCUGGCAACGUCAACACGUACACUCCUAGAAAGACAACUUUGGAAGCGCCGUUCAUAGCUUCGAAGGUUCGAUUCUUUCCAUACGCGGCGCACCCACGGACGGCCUGCAUGCGGGUAGAGCUCUAUGGAUGUCGUUGGAAACAGGCUCUUGUCGCGUAUGCUGCGCCCAAAGGUUGUGACAUGCAAGCGAUGACAGGCGGCGCUAUCUUCGAGGACUUAUCCUAUGAUGGGGUUGUACGCGAAAGCGAUCUAGUGGACGGUCUCGGUCAGAUCACUGACUCCUUCACAGGGCCCAAUGAUUUUGAACUGCCUGACCCGUUAGAUACUCGAGGAACCCGAUGGGUGGGCUGGAACAAGACGAUGUCGGUGGAUGAUGAAGUUGAUAUAACGUUUAACUUUACGGACACAAGACUUUUUCAUUAUGUAGACAUACAUACAAACAAUAUGUUUACCAAGGAUGUUCAGCUUUUCAAAGAGGCAGAAGUCUACUUCUCUCUGGAAGGUGAGCGAUGGCAGGAAGACUAUCUCUCCUACGAACCCAAGCAAGACAAAGUGUCUGAACACGCCCGUGUCAUUCACAUAGACCUGGAAAAUCGUACUGCUCAACAUAUUAAGCUUAAACUGAAGUUUCAUCACGAGUGGAUUCUAAUAAGCGAGGUCACAUUUAAAUCAAUUCCAACAGUUGUGAAUCAAUCUAUAGAAUUCCUAGACGAAUACUAUAGGACAGAUACUCCGCCGACGUCAAGAAAGAAACGCAAUUCAUCUAUAAAAGUGUCCGUUGGCCUCGCCUGCGGCGCCAUUGUGGGUGGUGGGGCAUUCAUAGCGGCCACAGCUAUUCUCGCGACUAAGCGAGCUAGGCGAAGAAUUCCAAACAUGCUCAAAAAGCCGUUUUGUCCUACCCUACGAUGCAAUGCUCGAAACAAUCGACGUACGCCACGUCUAGCAUUAGCCCUUGCAAAUUGUCCGCCAAUACACAUGCUUCGCAGUCCGGCCAUUGUGGAUGAAGACUAUCGAGAACCCUACAAUAUAUGGCGAGAGACACUUGGACGUCAAAAACGUGAAAUCCACGACCAAAAUGAAUAUAACGAAAUAUGCGAGGAUCCGGAAUUCCCUCGACCCUACAUGAUGAAACGGGCCGACCCUCACGAGAGCUUCUAUGCUGCCACAGACAUUAUUCACCAUUACCCGGAUGAACGGCAAAAUCGCCGAGAGAAGCCAGCCCCAGGGCUUUUCACCUCUAUAAAACUACCUGAAGCCGAGCCCCCAAACGGGGUGGCGCCCCUGCUGGAUUUCCCGCGGGGGCGCAUGAGACCACUUACUUUCCUGGGCGAGGGACCACAUGGCACUCUCCAGAUUUGCGAGACGGAUGGCAUCGAAGAGCUCAGCGACGAGGAAUUACCGAGUGGCGACCGCCGUCGUUUGGUGGUUGUGAAGACACUUUGGCGGGGCUGCCAUAGCGAUGUCAAAGCGGCGUUUGCCCGCGAAGCUACAUGGGGAGCUGGGCUGAAGCACCCGCAACUAGCUCGGGUGCUCGGUUUGAGCCUCCUAGAGCCUCCAUGCGCGGCACUCGACCGCGGCAAUGCAGUCCCAUUGACAACGAUACUGAAGAUGGAACGGAGAUUGAAUUAUGCGAGUUUGAUACACAUAUGCUGCCAAAUAGCCAACGGUAUGAAGUAUCUGGAGUCAUUCGAGUUAGUACACAGAGAUCUCGCAGCAAGAAAUAUAACAGUUACCAACGAUCUGAACAUUAAAGUAUCCGACUAUGCGAUGUUUUGCGAAGAGUUUAUUGGCGAUUAUCAUAUUAUGGCAAAUGGAAUUCGAGUACCACUUCGGUGGAUGCCGUGGGAGAGCCUGCUUAUGGGCAUGUGCUCACCCGCAAGCGAUGUUUGGUCAUUUGGAGUCACAGUCUGGGAGGUGCACACAUACUGCGCAGCGCAACCUUUCGAGGAGAUGAACGACGAUCAGGUUGUUGCAAAUGCAAGCCAAUGGCGUUGCGGAGGCCGUGGCGCACGAGUCCCGGCCGCUCCUCUACCGAGAUGCCGACGAGAACUUUACGAUUUAAUGCAUGAAUGCUGGCGACGCGAACCAAAUCAACGGCCGCGUUUUAACGACUUGCACCGCUUUUUGGAACGUAUGACUGAGGGGUAUAAACCACCAAUGCCACGCCCUUAAGCGCGUUUCACUGGAUGUUAAUUUAUCUAUAAAUAAGAUAUACGUCUAUAUGGUCUAACCACUUCUGUAUCUGAUAACAUUGUUUGAACUAAAUUUGUAUAUACAGCGUACAAUUUGAUAUUUUACUUCAAAUUUUGUUUUGUUUGACUGCUUUUCAUUAAAUACGUUGCUAAACAAAGCAUAAUUUACUUCCGCUACGCUUAAAUAUUUUUUUAAAUAUUAUAAAUUAGGUUUCACAAGGCCGGUAUUCGGGAGCCCUCUGGCAUAGUGUCCAUGGGCGGCCGUUCACUUAACAUCAGAUGAGCCUCUAUCGAUUUGCCCCUGUUCUAUAAAAAAACUAUUGCAUUUCUUCACAAUUCUUUUCUUUCGUAUAAUUUGUUUUAUUUAAUUAGGGUUGCCUGGAAGAGAUCGCUUAGUAGCGAUAAGGCCGCCCGUUGCAUCAUGAUUUCUAAGUUUAUAUACUAGCCAACGGGCAUUAGUGUCCAAAUACUUUUACUUACCCCACCUAUCUUACACAACAUCCCUAACAAUAUAAUAUUUAAAUAUCUUCAAUAAAUAAAGUAUUUAAAUUAUUCACUCUCUAAAUUUGCCUUGUAUCGAUCGAUUUUGCGGUCGUCUUCAAUUGAUUUUCUUAUCCACAAAGAAAAUUGGGGGGGGGGAUCACUCUGCGCUCAAGACCUUAAGAAAUUUCCGAACCAUUUCGACUUAGGGUUCACAAAAAGAGCGUACCAAUUGGAAUUGAGAGUGUCCAUGGGUGGGCGUAUCACUUAACAUCAGAUGAGCCUCUUGCACGUUUGCCUUCUGUUCUACAAAAAAAUAUUCUUUGUUGCUUACAAUUUAUAAGUAUAAUGAUAACUUUACGAUACACAAAUGGUUAGGCCUAUGAGACCAGUACGAUGUAACAAGUGAAUAUAUUACACCCGCUACAUCCAAAAUCGAUUGUUAAUUGCUACGUUUCACACAAACGUUAACGUUAAUCACAAACAUAAAAAUCUUAUAAAUAUAAAAUGGAUCUCAAUUAUCAGAAUUACUUAAAUGUGUCACGAACUUAUCAGAAUAGUUUUAAGAAACGGAAACCCAACCGUUUUCGUCCACAGACUACUCAUUUCUAUUAAAAAAAUACUAUACAUUCUUUGUACGUUAAUUUUAAUAUGUAUAAAAUGCUAUAUAGUAUGUUAGAGUAAAUCAGAAUUUAUUUCUUAAUGGCACUUAUUACGGACAGAGUUUCAUGAGAGCUUUUAGGUAGUAGUUUUAAGUUCUAUUGGGAAAGUCUACAGCCUACAUCUUAAGCCCGGGAUUCGUCAAUGUUUUCGAAUCCAACAGACUGGAUAAGUAAUGUGAUAGGGAUGACGAGCAGUAUUAAGUACAGUAUUCAUAUAAUUGUAGGUAUUAUAUUUUUUUCGCUUUACGACUGUUUACUUGCUAACUUUGGUCCCAUCACCCUAUUUCUCCCGCUUCAGAUCCACGCAGCAUAGUGACGCUGCGUAACUAGAACUAAGUGUUAGUUAGCAAGUAGAUAGGAGUUGCAUGUAGGGUUAAACGUAGGGUAAGAAUUGCGAAAUAUCGAUGUACUCAUAUGUAUACUUUAAAUGUGUCAUGUAACUUUCAUGUACUCCCAUUCGAUAUUUCGCUCACACCGGUCACUGAGUGAGGCUUAUAUAAGUAUCCAUAGAGUGCAUUUCUCGUACAAUUGAGGUUGAUAAAUUGUGAUCGAAACUCAGGGACUGGUAUUGUUAAUGACAAUAUUGUAGACGACGCGCUCAAAGGGCGAGUUUACAUUAUUGUUACAAACAUUUGUAGCUUGUAAGUUUCACGCCUAUCCCUAGCGCCCCUCGCCGAGCGCGCUCACGAUCUUCCACUUCGCCUUAACGGCAACCCUCACAAGGGACACCAACAUAAUGUACGAAAAGUCGCUAUCAAUAUCAGUUGAUACGUUUUCGUACAUUUGAUUGGUGAAGCUCAUUACGUAGAUCGAUAUUGCGGAAAAUUAAGAACAAGGAACCAUAAGGCACGUAAACAUAGAGCACACAAUGACUUAUAUUGUGAUUUGAUUAGGGCACGUAACGUAACGAAUUAAUCGCAGUAUCGAUCUGCUUCCUAUAAUAUAUCCAAAUCUAACUCCUAUUUUUUUAACCUGUUUUAAACGUUAAGGAUAUAUAUUUCCGGAAGUGACAAACUUCCUAGGCAUUUGUUGCCACCUAUGCUUCUUGUUUUCUUCGAUUAGGCAUUAUUGGUAGACGUCGUACAGUAUUCGAUAGAACGUGUCGAAUUUACAAGAGAGAUAUUUUUCAUCGUGGUCAUAGAGUCCACUUUUGGACCACACUGACGUGCUUUGAUUUAAAUAAAUAGUGAAUCGUUGGAUGCUGUACGAUAGUAUUUUUGUGUUAUUUCCCGAAUUACUAAUAAUCAGUAUCUGGUCUCACGGGAUCUUUGUAGUUGUAAGAAAUAAUCGGUGUCUGAAUGUUUCGUCAAUGUAUUCGAUAGCACAUAGUCCGUUUGUCGAGAAACAUUGAGCGAUUUACGUACUGUCUUUGAAAGCCUCAAAUAGGUAAAUGUAAGGCUGAAAGUGAAAUGAAAGAAAUACUCAUACUAAAAGUUUUUCAGGAUGCGAAUGGAUUGGGAACGAGUAAAAAGCUCAAUGACUCGAUAAAUCGGUUCGAUCGGUGUUCCAAUUAAAAGUUAGGAUAAAUAUCCUUAUCACUUAAGAGUUAGUGGGUUGACUGUGGCAUUUCAAAAACCUCCACAAUUGAGUUUCUUCCGCAUAAAAAUCCUAUUCAAUGUUCGUGUAUUAAACUUGCGCUUGACAUUUACACGUUGUGACAGAUAUUGUAGGUUCAGAAAUUUUUUAAACGUUUUGAUAGAUAUUUUAAGUUUAGACUUUUAUUUAGAUGUUUUGAUAGAUACUUUGGGAUCAGACUUUUAUUAAGAUGUUUUGAUAGAUACUUUGGGUUCAGACUUUUAUUUAGAUGUUUUGAUAGAUACUUUGGGUUCAGACUUUUAUUUAGAUGUUUUGAUAGAUACUUUGGGUUCACACUUUUAUUUAGAUAUUGUAGGUUUAGUAGUCUAUUUAGACGUAUUGAUAGGAAUUUAGGUUUUAGCUAUAGGCGUGAUAAAUGUGAUUUUGGUUAUAUAAAAAUAUAUAUACGUUUCUGAAGCCGACAUGAAUCGGUGUUGGCACGUGCAUUCUCAGUUAAAGCAAUAUAAAAAUUAGCUGUAUAAAAAAUAAAUGUUUUAAAUAUAACAAGUAAUGCAGGGAUAUAACUUUCUUUAUAUAAUACAGUAGCCUUGACUUAUUCAAAACAAAAUAGUAUAAAAUCUUUACUCAUUUGAGUUAAUCGAAUUUGUUUCGAGGUUAUUGAAUUUGUAAUACUCGUUCAAUUAUGGGACUUAUUAAAAAAUAUUAAUAAGAUAAUUUGAUUGGUUUUACAAUAUAGAUACAGCUUUUGUUAAUAAUUUCUCACUAAAAAGGAAACUGUAUUGUAUAACACAAUAGCCAUUGGAAAUUUGUAAAUAAGGUUGCGGUUGAUGGAUGUCCUGCAACGACAAAAUUGUGUAUUUCUGCAUUACUAUUAUGUUUACUUAAUAUAAUUGUAUAUAGAGAGGCAUAGGAUAAAUAUUAAUAAGAAAUAUUUUAAUAGUGGGUAGAAAUUAUUAAAUUAUUUUCAAAUUUUUUCAUUUGGCCGGGGACAAGUUACUAUUAAUAGAGAUGUACUUGUAAUUAGGAAAAAUUCAAAUUUUUUAAAAUGUAUGCUCAAAAAUUGCUAAGACAUUAAGAAUUUGCGUUACAUCUAUUGGUAUUUUAUAAAGUAUACAUUGAGUUCGGGGAUAUGUUUUUAGGUAUCAAAGGUACUUAGGUUAGGAUAUCACCUUUCAUUGUAUAUACCAUUAUACAUAUAUAAAUGCUUGUUUAGACAGCUAGGGGCAAUCGCAUUUCAUAUAACAUUUAAGUACUCGAGGAAUUAAGGAAAAAGGUGGUAAUAACCGAACUAGGUUUAAGGAAAAAAAAAUUUUUUGUAGAUGAUUCGACUUUUUUAAACUUUAUUAGAUUAACUUAUAUUGGGUUAGUAUAUUUCUUCUGUGAUUCUUUAUAUAUAGGUUUUUUAGCAAAAUUAAUUUUACAAAACAACGCGCAAGUUUAAUGAACGUAAUUUUAAAUGAUUAUUUUUUGAAUUUAAUGUGUUACAUCCUUUGUCCCAUGUAAUAUCACAAAUGUAUCUCUUUGCAAUAAGCAGCCACGUCGCCCCUAACUCUAUUCCCACCCCAAUGCAUAUUUAAUCGUAAUUAAAAGAAAACAGGUAAGCUAAGGUAAUAUUAGUUAAGUCCUGCAAAAUAAAUUUCAUUAUAUAGAGCUAAUUAUUAAUUGUAAAUACCGGAAAGGAUACAAUGUGGGUUGCUACAACGAAUGUUAAAAAUCACUUCACUUGAUGUCAUCUCAUUCAUGGUAAGAUUUGCUUGCUUCACAUAAAUAGCUGGUUCCUAUCACGAAACUUACAACUAACAAACGAGUGGAAUCCUGAUCAUGAAAUUAGGUCUCGAAUUGAAAUUGCCCGAGGAUCUUUCAACAAAAUUAAGAAAGUUUUGUGCUGCCGUCACUUGACCAUUGAACUCCGAGUCCGACUUCUCCUUUUUUACAUAUGGCCAAUUGUUCUGUAUGGCUGUGAAGCUUGGACAAUGAAAGAAGAUACCCGCCGGCGCUUAGAAGCAUUUGAGAUGUGGUGCUAUCGUUGCAUGCUUCGUAUAAGCUGGAUCCAGAAUGUCUCUAACGAGAAGGUUCUGAAACGAGUUGGAAUGUCGAAAAAGCUUUUGCAGACCAUUAAACAACAGAAAGUUGCGUACCUGGGCCACGUGUUGCGCCAUGACCGCUACCACCUCCUUCAAUUAAUUAUAAUGGGUAAAAUCCAGGGUAAACGGCGUGUUGGUAGGAAGAAAUCAUGGCUUCGCAACGUUAGGGAGUACGGGUAUUGCAACUGCGGAAGAGUUACUGCAUUUGGCACAGGACAAGACACGCUUCAAGAUACUGACGGCCAACCUCCAGUAAUGGAGAGGCACUAAAAGAUGAAGAUCACGAAACUUAAACUAAAUCGCUCACUAAACCAAGUACCGCCUGUCAUCUUGAAGGUCUGUGAAAUAAUAAUAACACCGAAUUGUGUCACAUGAAAAUAAACUGCACAAAAGUAAUACAAAAACUUGCUUAUGCGUAAUCUUAGACAACCACCAGUGUUUGUUGUGGUGUACAUUACCUCCGCAUAACGUUUCGUGACGUGGAAACCAGCUAUUUUUCUAGUUCAUCGACAAACAUCUAGUGAAUGUUAAAUGUAAGGUGUGAUUUAACUGUCCAAUUGUGUGUUUAAUGUAGUUUACAAUUUGAAUAAUUAUUUUCACGUGAAUGUUUCAACAUUUAUAUAUCUUAAUAUUCUUCAAGUCAACGUGUAUCUGUUUCUAAAUUUCCAUGUUUAAAUAUAAAUGAACUUAACAUAUCUAAUUAUAUUAUAUCUAAACCGCAUUUAAGAGCCCGCUUGGCUCAAUUUCAUAUCAAUAUGCCAUCAUUGGAGACGGUAAGGCUUUCCAUUUUAAAUUUAGAAUGUUGAGAAGGGGUCAUGGGUCUAAAUGAAAUCUAUCAAUAAUUCAAAAACACCCUCACUGUGACUCCUGAUAAGCGUUGGGACCAAUCGACCACUUAACUAGUGCCAGAUGCAUUGACUGUUGUGUGGAUUUAAACAAGAAAUACCAUUAAAAAUCUUACGCCAUCUAAGAAUAACUACUUAAAAUCUGGUAACUUUACAGUAUAUUACUGAACAUGUAAGCUUCUUGUUUAGUAAUUUAACGUUUUUUGUGAAUCAUUCAGUCAAUGUUAUCGAUUAUAAAGACAAUAUGUAUGAAGAUAAAUAUCAUAAAAUGAUGGCUAUUUUCUCGAUAUAAACGCGCCCACUUGUAAACCAUAGUAAUAGUUUGCACACUUGUACUAGCUUUUUCACUUAAAUCCUAAAUUAUUCUGAAUGGCUCUAAUUCUGACAAUAUAAAGGAAUCUUAUUUACUGUCACUUACAAUGGCUUUUAUCGAUAAAUACCUAGCAUACCUAAUUAUUUUUGGAGUAUUUAUGUCGAAAUCUACCUCCAAAUUAGAUUUCUUUAUGCAGAAAUAAAAAAAAUAUUUAUAAUGUUUGCUGAUAUUCCGAAGUUUUUUAUUUUAUAGUUGUAAGCAGAAAGGGGGUAGAUUUUUGUAAGAUAAUUCUAUCAUAACAUAAUUUUAUGACCAAAAAUACAAUAUUUUAUUCUCAACAUAUCAAUCCUAUAUACUUUAUGCUUGUUCAAAAAUUUAGCUUUUAUCUACACAAAUGUCUACAAUUAUGAGCAAAAUCUAUUUGUGACCGGCUCACACCGGAGGGUUCUAUAAAAUUGUGUGUAUGUAUGUUGCCGAAUCUGGAUUUCCGCAAAUAUUGGAGCCAAAUUCCAGAGCUGUAAACGACCAUUUUAUAACUGUAAAAUGACAAUUUCUACAUCUAUCGUAACUAUAUGCUUUAAACAUACUAUAAUUCUUGUCAUUUAGUGUGGUUAAUUGUCAUGACCGCAUGUUUUGUUCUUUUCAUUGUUAACACUCUAUAAAUGAAAUCAAUUCUGUAGGUCGUAAUAAAUAAUCAAAGACUUUUAAGGCUAUUUGCCUUCUUUUUAUGUAAUUUUAAAUGUUAAAAUAAAUGUUGAUUAACAUAUCAAA